UUUCAGGCGUCGUGUGAAUGACCGUGUCUUUCCCGGGUGCGCUGACGAGAAGUCGACGACGCUGUGCUCCGCUCGAUUAUGCAGAGCUAUCUAGAGCAGUUUGAUAAAGAGGGAUGCGUCGUAAUUCCUAACUUCCUGAGCAGAGCGGAACUCCAAUCAAUUAAGGAUGAAGUCGACCGGAUCGUCUCUGCACUGGACGUGUCCCACAAGAAGACCGCUUUCAAGACAACCGACGAUCAAGUUGACUGGCACGACAAAUACUUCCUCGACUCAGCUGAUCGGAUUAGUUAUUUCUUCGAAGCGGACGCUAUCGACCACGAAGGCAAUCUGACGGUUCCCAGAGACCUGUCUCUGAAUAAGAUGGGUCACGCUCUCCACUGGGACUCGGAGGUAUUUAAAAAAAUCUCUUUUAAAGACGAAGUCAAGAGCGUCGUGAAAUCCCUCAAUUUUGUCGAGCCAGCCAUCAUCCAAUCCAUGUACAUUUUCAAACACCCAAGAGUUGGAGCAGAAGUCACAGCACAUACCGAUUGCACAUUCCUUCACAAUGAGCCAUGCAAACUGGUGGGUUUAUGGUUCGCUGUAGAGAAUGUGACGCUGGAGAAUGGUUGUCUAUCUUAUAUACCGGGCUCCCAUAAAAGUGAGACAGUCACCCGGAGGAUGGUAAGACGCGGUGAUGACUCAAACAGAUUGGAGUUCAUAGGAGACCAACGUGAAUUCGCCGCCGAGGAAUUCGUCCCUGUGCCGGUGGAAGCCGGUGGACUCGUCUUGAUCCAUGGGAAGGUUGUGCAUAAGAGCGAGCGGAAUUUGUCAUCCUAUCCUCGACCUGCGUAUACAUUCCACGUGAUCGACAUGCACGAGAGUGUCUACUCGCCAGAUAAUUGGCUCCAGCCCACUGAGAGAUUGCCAUUCACCAGAUUGUUUGCCCAUUGAGGAAUAUUCUACAGUAGUAGUCACCGUGAGAGAUGAAUAGCUCGCUUUUCCGUUCAUCGGACCGUUUAU